GAGAACAAGUCAAAAGAGAUUAUUGCCAAAGACUAGAAUAACCACUAUAUAUCUACAAAACAAAGGAUGCUCUGUUUCCAUCAUUCUCAAUAGCUAUGGCUACUCUUCAAGUCUCUUCCUUUCUUUUCAGAUCUUUCCUUCUGACACUCUGUAUCUUCACAAUCCCAUCUAUCUCAUCCGAUUCAGACCCAUUACAAGACUUUUGCGUUGGUGAUCUCAAAGCUUCUCCUUCCAUCAAUGGCUUCCCUUGCAAACAAUCCGUCUCCGCUUCUGACUUCUUCUUCUCCGGCUUAGGCGGUCCGCUAAACACAUCAAACCCUAAUGGCGUUACCGUUUCCCCAGCGAACGUCUUAACCUUUCCGGGACUAAACACUUUAGGGCUCUCGAUGAACAACGUUGAGUUUGCUCCAGGCGGUGUUAAUCCGCCUCACUCUCACCCGCGUGCAACCGAAGCAGGAAUUGUGAUCGAAGGCUCGGUCUUUGUCGGGUUCUUGACAACGAACAACACUUUGUUCUCGAAGGUUAUCUAUGCUGGAGAGAUGUUUGUUGUCCCUAGAGGAUUGGUUCAUUUUCAAUGGAACGUUGGAAAUGGGAAAGCGCGUUUGAUAACCGCUUUUAAUAGUCAGCUUCCAGGAGCGGCUGUUCUGCCUAGUUCUCUGUUUGGCUCAUUCCCUGAGAUUCCAAACGCGGUUUUGACGAGAACGUUUAGGACCGAUGAUGCAACUGUGAACAAUCUCAAGUCCAAGUUUGCUGUUUGAGUCUUUCUUUUUGGUGUUUAAUUCUUGAAAUGAUCUUUCUCAACUUGAUUUCAUAGCAGUAAUUGUAUACACUCAUGUGUAAUAAUAGGUACGAAAAAUCCGACACUUAACAUUAAUAAGAUUUAUCUCUUUUUCUUUUUUU